AGGGCUGUCAUUAUGUGCAUGUCAUUGAUGUCAUUUGUGUGCAUGGAAGAUUCCUUUCCAAGAUUUCCAGGCUUGGUUCUCAGUGUUUAUCUUUUUGGGGUUUUGCAGGUGACAGAGCUCAACGAACCUCUCUCCAACGAAGAUCGAAAUCUGCUCUCCGUGGCCUACAAGAAUGUAGUUGGUGCCCGGCGGUCUUCUUGGAGGGUCAUCAGCAGCAUUGAGCAAAAAACAAUGGCUGAUGGAAAUGAGAAGAAGUUGGAGAAGGUAAAGGCUUACCGGGAGAAGAUUGAGAAAGAGCUGGAGACCGUUUGCAAUGAUGUCCUGGCUCUGCUCGACAAAUUCCUCAUCAAGAACUGCAAUGAUUUCCAGUAUGAGAGCAAGGUGUUUUACCUGAAGAUGAAAGGCGAUUACUACCGCUACUUGGCAGAGGUAGCUUCGGGGGAGAAGAAAAACAAUGUGGUUGAAGCUUCUGAGGCUGCCUAUAAAGAAGCCUUUGAAAUCAGCAAAGAGCACAUGCAGCCUACACAUCCCAUCCGGCUGGGCCUGGCCCUCAACUUCUCCGUGUUCUACUAUGAGAUCCAGAAUGCGCCUGAGCAAGCUUGCCUCCUAGCCAAACAAGCCUUUGAUGAUGCCAUAGCAGAGCUGGACACACUAAAUGAGGAUUCCUAUAAGGACUCCACGCUCAUCAUGCAGUUGCUGCGAGACAACCUCACUCUCUGGACCAGUGACCAGCAGGAUGAAGAAGCGGGAGAUGGCAAUUGAAGAUCCCUCAGGUCCCUGGCUCUUUCUUCACCCACUGCCCCUGUCAUCACCAACUUUUCCUUGUCACAGUCACUAAAUAUCUCGUGCUAAACCCAUCUGUAUCAGCGGCACAGCUACUCAGAUCUACUCUCCCAUCUCUUGGGGAGCAGGUUCAGACAACCAUUCACAAGCAUUGCUGGAUUGAUGGUUGCUUUGAGGCCUCCGGAGCUCAGUUUUGGGUGUUUUUUGGGGUGUGCAGACAAGCUCAUUCUGACAGGCAUUUCCCUAUGCCUUUGGAUCCGAAAUCCUGGCAGAGGGAAUGAGGAAGUUUAGAAAGGCAAAUGAGCCAACUGGGGGCCAUAAUUGAUAUGUAAACGACCCAUUUCAAACAAGCUGAUAGUGUUUUGUUAAGCAGUUGUGCAUGCAAAAAUGAUCUCACCCCUCCCCUCACCCCCUUUCUUCAGCUAAUGGAAAACUUAAGGGAAGCCAAUAACGAAGACAACUUGCUCCUUCCCAUCAGCUUUAUAAUAAACUGUUUAAGUGAAGUUUCAGUAGAGCCUCGUUUUGCCUCUUUAAAUUAUGUGUGCACAAACCUUUUUAAGCAAUGCAUCUGAAGUUUUGAUAUUUGUAACUUUCUUUUUUUUUUUUUGGUGGGGGUUGUGAUGGUUUAAAAAUCAUGGAUUUAUUUUUUGUAACUCUUUGGCUAUUGUCCUUGUGUAUCCUGAUAGCGCCAUGUGUGUUAACCCAUGUCAAUCAAGAUGGGUGAUUAUGAAAUGCCAGACUUCUAAAUUCAAUGUUUUGGAAUCCAUGGGUAAAUAAAAUGCUGCUUUGGGGAAUAAUA